AUGACUUCAAACACUCUGUUCAUGUCACCCGAGGAAUCGUCUCGUAUCCAGACAACAGUCCUCAAUGGACUGAGGUAUCGAGCAGAGCAAAUAGCGAGAGCAAAAGAACACAAAGACGUCAAAAACUUGAUUGAACAAGCAAUUUCAACAUCCCUAAUGCAAGACAUCUCUUCUGCGGCAUUUGGACUUGAUGAGUCCAGGAAAUCCAAGGAAACAAUGCCAGCAUAUGGUGUUGGUGAUCCAUACCUGCCUUGCAUCAAGAAACUCGAUGAUCUUGAACCAAUGUGUAUCAGGGACCUACGCAUGGAGACACAUCAUAGAGGCUUUUAUCUCUCCUUGCGCCGCGUCUCUCCAGUCGUUAUCCUCGAAGCAUCGUCAUGGGCAGUUGUGCAAGACAAGUCUUCUAGUAAUGUCGAGCGUAUCGAGUUGUUCUUGCACAAAUCUCGACAUCGGCGCGACAUUUUGGAUACCGCCUCUGAGUUUAUUGUCAAAGAGCCUUACUACACGCUCAACAACAAUGUGGAGUCUACCAUACAAGUGAACCAUCCGUCGGAUCUGAUUGUCACUGAAGUGAGCGAUGAUCCUGAAUCUUGGCGUCAAGACCCCUACGGUAUAUCUUUGCAUGAGUCUCCUCCUCCAGAAGCGUACAAAGAGAAAGGCAACCGUGCACUCCUCAAGAAGAGAGAACUCACACUGGCCCACUUCUACUACACCCAGGGGUUGAAGCUGCUCUCGGAUAGCAAGUCGAACAAGACCUUACAAAACGAUCUGUACAGGAACAGAUCUUAUGUAAACUUGAAACUCCAGAGGUUCGAUGAAGCAAAAUCGGAUGCUUUGUCUUCCAUUACAUACGAUCAAGAGGGUGACCUCAAGUUCCUUAAUGCAAAAGCCUACAGUCGAGCAGGCCUGGCCGCUUACGGUCAGAGCGAAUUUAUACAGGCCAGAGCGUACUUUGAACAACAAGCGAGGCUCCAGCCUGAUGGUCAACAUGCAAAACUACAUAUGAAAAGGACCGAUAUCAGACUUCGAGAGGCUGCAGGUGGUGCCUAUAACAUGAGCAGAAUCGUCAGCUCACUUGCAAAAACUGGUGGAAGACCUGACGCUGCGUCUUUCAAUGGACCUACCGAGGUCAGACCUAGUCCUGGCGCUGGCCGUGGCCUCUUCGCUACGAGGGAUAUAAGUCCAAAUGAAAUCAUUAUGUGUGAGAAGGCUUUUUGUGUGGCCUGGGGCCACGAGCCUGAGACCUUCAGCGCUUUGGUAUGCGAUACUCGAAAAGACGCUGCUAUCACAGUUUUCCCCUCUGGUUUACACAAAGCCGUUGUUCAAAAGCUACUCAACAACCCUUCCCAAGUUGAAAAGGUCCUGAGUCUACAUGGAAACUACAAGGGCACUGGACAGAAGCUAAUCGAAGCCGACGAUGUUCCUGUCAUUGAUACUUUUCAGGUUCAUGACAUUGUCCAGCGCAACGCAUUUGGAUUAGGGCAGCAAUCGCAAGACGAAGACAUCAGCAAUGCAAGCACGGGUCUAUGGGUCCGAGCACCAUACAUCAACCACUCAUGCAUACCCAACGCAAAGAAGAAUUUUAUUGGCGAUCUCAUACUCUUCCGUGCUACGAGAGGGAUAGCUGCCCGUGAGGAGAUCACUCAUAGCUAUGACGAGUCUAGCAGUUACAAAUUGAGGCAGGCUGCUUUUCGAAGAGAGUGA